AUGGUGGUACGAGAGCUUCUUCCCGGAGACCAUCGGCCUCUCCAGGAAAUAGCCGAUGUCCUCGCAAGGUCGCACAAGGUCCUGCUUGUUACCGGCGCUGGAAUCAGCACGAGCUGUGGCAUCCCGGAUUUCCGCUCCAAGGAUGGCCUCUACAACAUCAUCCCCGAACAAGCACUCCUGCCCACUCCUCCCGCAUCCCAGCCCUCAACGCCUUCAAAGCAUUGUGCGGACCUCGACGACUCUGAUUUCACGUUCUCGCAGUCCUCGACCUCGUCGAUUACCAGCCGGCGGGCAUCUACAAGUCCUUCGUCGAAACUCAAGGGCCAGGAUCUUUUUGAUUCGCGAGUGUUUCAAAAUGCAGCUUCGACCACCCUCUUCUAUCAAUUCAUUGCAUCUUUGCGACAGAAAAUACGCGACGAGGUACAAUCUACAAGCCCGACCCACAAGUUCAUCAGGGUCCUUCGCGAUGGCGGUCGGUUAAUGCGAUGCUAUACUCAGAACAUCGAUGGCCUGGAAGGAAGAGAAGGGUUGGUGACUGACCUGACACGAGGCAAGGGCAAUAAGCGGCGAUUCAUGAAGAAACACUAUGAAGCACCUCGACCUUCACAUACCCCUGGCACUGAUUUUGAUGGAGGUUGCGAGGUCGUGCAGCUGCAUGGUGACUUGGAGAAAUUGCGAUGCAGCAUGUGCGCCACACAGUUUGAGUGGACCGACGAGGAGACUGAGAUCUAUCUUGAGGGUGCAGCGCCGAGCUGCCAGCAAUGCUGCAUCAAGAGCGAGCAGAGACAGGCGAGCGGGAAGCGAGGCCUUGCAGUCGGGUCACUCCGACCGAAUAUCGUGUUGUACGGGGAGGACCAUCCGUCUAACACGCUGCUAACGCCAUUAAUCCCCUUUGACGCCGCAAGUCAACCUGAGGUCUUGGUCAUCAUGGGCACGUCUCUCAAAGUAUUCGGGUUGCAAAAGAUUGUUCGAGAAUUUGCAAAGGCAGUGCACUCUACUAAGGGCAGCAAUGGACGCGUAAUCUUUGUCAACCGCACAAAACCAGCAGAGACCACCUGGGACGGUAUCAUUGACGAUUUUGUAGCCAUGGACUGCGACGACUGGAUCCACGACCUCAAAUCAAGACGACCCGAUCUUUGGCUUCGGCAGGGUGACAUUGGAUUGACGGUCGCAAAGCCAACGCAACCAAGGCGAAAGAGAAAGUCGUCCGAUGAAGAUGGUGUUAGCAGACCUGUGAAGAAAACAAAACUUACAGUCGAGAUACCGACGAACGCGGGGAUUGCACAACAAACCCCUCCGCGUACACCUUCGCGAAAGGACUCGAUCACGAAACGGUACAAACUACCACCUACAUACCCCGGCCGAUCUGUACUUUCACCGUUGGCACAAGGCAGGCGACCACCAAUAUCGCCUUUAUCCAGCCCAGUUCAGCCAGAUGAUGAUCAAACACACACAACCCCAGCUAAGCGACACACUCCCGCUAGGCCGGCGUUUUCACCCUUCACUCCAGGAGUAUUGACCGGAAGUCAACUCAGGAUGGAAGUGUUUUGCGAAGAUGGAAAUCAAAGCAAGGACCACGAGAUCAAUGGACGGCCGCAAAUGCGAAGGGAGGACAUCCUUCCUAGAUGCACAAACAUGACACCACCCAAAUCCAACUUCCUGGCCAAAGUAUGGCAGCGAAUUCCAGGCAGGCGUGUUCUGCCAUAUGCAGAAGGAGUCAACAUACAUGCCGAAGCAUUGGCGGCCGAAGAGGAUAAUGACACAAUAAUAGUCGAAACGCCGUCCAAAGGCCCUCGUGCGCAAGAUCGACGUGAUUGA